AUGGACUGUGGAAGCGCGGGAACAGCUGCGGGUAUCGACCCCAAAAUACUAGAUAAUUGGCAAACGGACGGCGCUUUCUCCGUCGAAUCGUGGGAACAUAUUCCAUACGAUCAAUCGCCCGAGUGGGACACCAGCCAGGACUCGAGCCAGUGUGCCGAUGUUGCGGACCUGGGCGCUUUCCACGACCCUCUAACGGGAUCGUUGCUGGAUCGUUCUGGUGAUCGGCAGAACAGGAAUCGCGAUGUGACCUUUGAGAAUUUCAACUACGCCGAUGGGGCCGUCGAGGGCACCGGUAGCGGUACAAUUAGCCCUCGUACGCUGCCAUCUUCCGCCGACGAUAAUUUCCAUGGCAAUCAAACUUGGCCGCACUUCCAGUUGUACAACUCUAUCGCGGCCGGUAUGUCUCUGGAAGCGGCGCCUAUGCUCUACCCUUACGGCAAAGCAUCGACCAACUCGACCGGUGCUGUUAUAGUGGAGGAUGCUGGAGAAAUGCCCCAGGGCCAGGGAUUCCCGGAUGCUCCGGGAGAGGCCGUCACGUUCCAACAGGCCCCCCCGCAAUUCCCGAUGAUGAACCAGUGGCUUGAAUUUCCAAACGGCCUUCCCAUGGAGGAGAUGUCAGGGCGUGGAUCUGUCCCGAUGGCCAUGCACCCGCAGAACGAGGCGAAUGAUUCCUCCGUGCGCGAUUUUCAGCCUCGGGCACGGCCAGUCGAGUCUCGAUGGCUCAACAACCUGCAGUCGCCGCUUCAUGUCUCACAGAUGCCUUCCGCAUCUGCAAUCGCGGCUCAGGUGGCUCAGAAGAAUGGCCAAAAUGGACAUGACGGGUUCCACUUCAAAUCAGAAAGCUCGUCUGUCUCGGGCGAUUUGUCUGGAAUCUAUGAGUGCUCGUACUCUGCCACGAGCGAAGAGGUGCCAACCUUUGUGGAGCACCAGCUGGAUGAUGAUUCUCAUUGGAAAAUCUCUACGCCUGAAGGUGGUUCUCCGAAGGAGACGUGCGGCCCCAAGACCACUGCGUUCAUGGUCAGCGAAACCCCGUCGGAGUCUCUGAUUAGCACGGUUCCCUCUCGAUCAAGAGCUUCUUCCUCUGCUGGCCAGCGCAACUCGGGCCGGCCCACGCCUCUUGCCAUGCAGUCUGCAGCUACGGUGCGGAAGCGCAAGAAUCGGAGUGCCCAAGGUUCCAUGGACCAGGGUCAACCCAAGCCUUUGCAGAUUGUCCAGGAAGAUGGACAGGGUGGCUCAAUCGCGUCUGCAGACUUUGUAUCGCCCCCACGCGGUGCUCGUCGCAAGGGCCCACUCAGCAUGGUUGGAAGAGCCAACGCCGGCAUGCGCCGAAAGAACAAGGACACCUGUGUUCAAUGCCGACUCAACAAGCGCAAGUGCGAUGGAAGCUCGCCUUGCGAUGCUUGUCGCCCUACUCUUCACGAGCAACCGUGUGCUCGGGCCUGUUUCUCCAGCAUUGUCGAAUUCGGCACAUGCAACUACAUCUCUCAACGAGCUGUAAACCACCCAACAGUGGACGGCAGGGGCAGAGUUCGGAUGGCAAUCCCCUCUGAAUUUGACCUCAAUCAACUAUUGUCGUUCCUCGGCGAGCGCCAAGGCCGGUUCAACAUCCGCGCCAGCCAGGCCUGGGGUUCUCUAUAUGUGCUUGACCUUGGUGAAACGUACAAGUUCUUGAAGAGUUUGAGCGAGUACAACGGAAAUUCCAAAUCGACCUUCCUGGAUUUCAUUGACCGUCGCAUCGUCGAAUCCAAGGACAAGUCGAAGAACUGGUUGACUUGUGUCAAGGACUGCGAUCCGAUGAACCAAGCAUACUCCCUCCUAUCACGGUGGAACAACAUGCCCAGUCGCGCAAAGUACACCAUCGUCCCGCUCGACUCCAACGGGGAAGAGCGCUCCAUGGACAUCAACGACCCCGAAGAUCGACGUGACAUCCUGCUUGCAGCUCAACUCUCGCGCAUCGUCUGCCGCAUGAUGGAGGUCGAAGGCUUCCGCAAACUGGAGCGUGACUUCUACAACAUCAAAUGGAAGCAGAUCUCUCACGAGGCGCACAUUCGCUUCCUGGACGAGCUGGGCCACAUCCUGCUCUCGCUGCGAUGGCGCGUCUCGUGGUGGAAGAUGCUCGGCGACGGUGGACACAACCCCGACCCAUCUCAGCAGCACUACGUCGAACGGGUCGAGCUGCUCUGCCGCAUCCUAUACGUCUACUACACCUGCGUCCUGGCCAAACUACCAUCCUGGUCGACCAAUGAUGUCCCCAAGGGCACGUGGUCGUCCUAUGCGGACUCGGAGAACCCAAUCUGGGACGACUUCCCCUCCGACGCAUCAGACGCAGGCUUCCAGACCUGGAUGAACCACGGUCGGGACCUGAUCGAGCAAUCCGGUGUACCGGGGCGGGUCUCGAAGAUGUAG